AUGGAUGAUACAGAUGAUAAGGAGACGUCGAAACGACGUUCAUCAUCAACAUCGUCGUUCGAAUCGUGGAUAAAAAAGAAUUGGGAGUAUAAGGUUGCUGUGUUCAUUGUCCUUUAUUACCUUAUAUCGCAUGUAUUAUUGGAAACCACUGGUUACUUUCAUGAAACUGGAUUAAAUAAUCAUUUAAGAGUUCUACCUAAUGAAGUGAUACAACAUUUCGAUAAGACUCAAUCCUUUGAUGAUGAUGAUUUCAAUGUUGAUAAGUUUGCUUAUAUCCAAUAUGCUACUAAUUAUGAAUAUUUAAAUUUAGCCAUUAUAAAUUUCAUUCAUUUACGAAAAUCUGGAUCCAAAAUUAAGAAUUUUGUCAUUUUACAUGAUGAAACCAUGGUCCAUUAUAAUGCUCAGAAUUGGAAUAAUCUAUAUUUAUUAGCUAAUGAACAUCAUAUUAAAUUAAAACCGGUUCCAUUACUUAAAGUCAAGUUCAGUGAUUCAUCAUCUUGGUCGGCAUCAUUUACGAAAUUCCAUAUUUUUAAUCAAGUUGAAUAUGAUAGAGUGGUUUAUUUUGAUUCUGAUUCGAUGUUAUUAAACCUUGAUGAAUAUAAGGAUAUUGGUGAUGAAGAUUUUGAUUUCGAACAUUUAACCAAUAGUCAUGGAAAUAUCGAUGAAUUAUUUAAAUUACCAAAAAAUAUUCAAUAUGCUUUACCACAAGCAUAUUGGUUAAAUGAUGUGGUUGAAAGUAGAGGUAAAGUGAAUGAUUUAGCACGUAAAAUACCUAAGAAAGUGGAAAUUCCAUCUACAAGAAGAUAUCAUUUAAGAAUGGGUAAAUUAGUGAAUGAUAUUUCGAAAUUAGAUUCAAAAAAGCAACAACAAGAUAUAUUUGAAUUAUUACCACCUUUACUUUAUGAGAGUCAUAAGUAUGAUAAUUUUGAUGAUUUCUUUGCUAAUCAUAUUAUGAUGAUCACUCCAUCUAAAGCAUUGUUUAAUGAAUUAAUGAAACACACUUUCAAUCCAUGGUAUUGGUAUAUAUUUAAUCGAUCCAAAUUAAGAAGAUCACAAGAUUAUGAUAUGGAGAUUUUAAAUAAAGUGUUUGAUGAUAAAUUUAAAACAGGAGAGAAAGGGUUUAAAAUUGGGAUUUUACCUCAUAAAGUAUAUGGAGUUUUAACGGGAGAAUUUGGGGAAUUAUAUCAUAGAAGAUUUACGGUAGAACCACAAUAUUUACCAUUCAUUCAAAAGAAACUGACAGAUAUAGAUGAAUGGAAACCCAUAAAUCUCCUUAGACAGGUUAGAGUGUUACAUUUUUCAGAUGCUCCAAUCCCUAAACCAUGGGAACAUCAAGAUAAUAGUGAUUAUUAUAAUGCUAAUAAAAUCUAUUGUGCCAAAGUUGAUGAUUGGGAAGAAUAUUAUACGUUAUAUCCUAGUCAAUAUAAACCCAGAUUAACCAAUGAUUGUGAUAGUGUCAACAUCUGGAAUUGGAUAAGAGCUGACUUCACGGAAUCAAGAUUAGAGCAUUGGCUUAUAGUUUAG